UGGGUAUUUCCCACUGCAUGCUCAAUAUGCAGCCGUAGAAACCAGUCUUACUUGAUAGAAACUAAAGAAAUCUGUGGCAAUAACUGAAGUAUUUGGGGUAUUAAUUUUCUCAGUUGACCGCGUGACUGUGGGGACUCCCCCUAUGUCAAUUUGCAUGUUAAACUUCCUCAAAUGUUCGUAUAUAAGAAGAACUUAUGUUGCAAUUCGCAACUGGCGGCGAAAGAACCCAAGAUUAUCAGAGCACGUCUAUAAGGAAAACUUUAAAACGCAAAUAUGGUUCAGGUAACAGUGAUUCAGUCCUGCUAUCGUAUGAUCAAACAGGAACACAAUCCUGACCGAGGGGGAAACCUCAUGAUGGCAGUUUUGCCUCAGACCGAAACUCAACAUGGUCUUCAAAUCGCAAUAAAGUUUAUUGGAAGCCAUAGGAGUGCUCAAACAGAUUUUAAAAUUGACCGUCCUAAACCUGGAGCAAAUACCUUUAGUAUUGAGUUACAUGACAACCUUUACUACUUGUGUGCAGAAAGGGACAAAGUGUUUCUACAGAAACUGGUUGCCCAACAACCCAAAGAUGAAAAGUACUUGUUUGAAGUUAAAUAUGUAAAUGAAAGUAGUGGUUACAUGUCUAUGAAAUCAAAAAAUACUGGGAAGUACCUUGCUAGUGAUGACAGUGGAAAAGCAUUUAUGGAGGAAGUCAAGCAUUCUUCAUUGUUUGAUGGGCAGCCAAUGGACAGAAGAACAUGGUUUAAUCUGGUCUUUGUGGAAACAGUGAAAAGAGAAAGAGAAAGUACAUUACAUAGUUGUAACUUCAAUGACACAAGUCUUGAAUAUUCAGUCAGGUAUCAAACUCAAGUAAAAGCCUGUUAGGUGUUACUAUUAAGUAACAAUGUGAAAAUUAUAAUUUACAAGAAUAAGAUAGGAGAAUUUUAAAAUUUUUUCAAUUUUGGAACUUUUUUUGUUCCAGGAGUUCAAAGAUACUGAUUUAGUUUUUUGAGCAGUGUAUAUUUACUUAUUUUGUGGUUUACACUUUUGAUAAGUUUUUGACAUUUUGAGAUGUAAUGAAGAAAAAAUUAGCUCAAGCUUUUUUUACUGUUGAAACAGUCCAGAAUAAGUGUCAAGACUAAUUACAAUAAAAUAAUACAGUAAUUAUUUCAUAAAGCUUAAUAGUUAAGAGGCCUAUUCAUACUUAAAAGUAUUACUUAAUGUUUGCUAACAAAACAACUUAAAAUGUUGUAACAUAAAUGGUAACUGGUACUUUACCCAGAAUAUAUGUUUUACUCUGAGUAUAUUUAAUUUAUAUCAUAAUCACUUUUGUACAACAAAAUUUUUGUUGUGUACUCAUUUAAAUACACUCACUAGUGUGUAUGUUGUUAUUUACAAUGAUUUCAGAAUAAAAUAAUUCCAAUCUAGGUUUUUUUGAUAGUUUGUUAAAGGACUUGAAUGUAUUUCAAACUUCACUUUGAACUGUAGAAUCUUUACAAGCCCAUGCAAGUAGCAUAGAAUGCAGUCUUGGAUGUUGUUUAAUAAAAAAAAAAGUAAUUACCAGGCCA